AUGGCGCUGAUCGCAGCCAAAAGCCCAGAGGACAGUUCAUCUAACCUUCGGCAAACCUCGGGAACGGAGUCAUUCCGAGACCAAACUCAGUCUUCACCCAACCCCAACACCAGACCCAGCUCAGUCUUCACCCAACCCCAACACCAGACCCAGCUCAGUCUUCACCCAACCCCAACACCAAACCCAGCUCAGUCUUCACCCAACCCCAACACCAGACCCAGCUCAGUCUUCACCCAACCCCAACACCAGACCCAGCUCAGUCUUCACCCAACCCCAACACCAGACCCAGCUCAGUCUUCACCCAACCCCAACACCAGACCCAGCUCAGUCUUCACCCAACCCCAACACCAGACCCAGCUCAGUCUUCACCCAACCCCAACACCAGACCCAGCUCAGUCUUCACCCAACCCCAACACCAAACCCAGCUCAGUCUUCACCCAACCCCAACACCAGACCCAGCUCAGUCUUCACCCAACCCCAACACCAGACCCAGCUCAGUCUUCACCCAACACCAGACCUAGCUCAGCCUUCACCAAACCUCAUACCCAGUUCUUCACCCAUUCCCAAUUUCAGAUCCAGCUUUGUCUUCACCUAACCUCAACACCACACCUUGCUCAGGCCUCAAACAACCCCAACAUCAGACCCAGCUCAGUCUUCACCCAACCCCAACACCAGAUCCAACUCAGUCUUAACCCAACCCCACACACAGACCCUACUCAGUCUUCAUCCAACCCCACACUGGACCCAACUCAGUCUUCACCCAACCCAACUCUGGACCCAACUCAGUCUUCACCCAGCCUCAACACCAGACCAAACUCAGUCUUCACCCAACCGCAACACGAGACCCAGCUUAGUCUUCACCCAACCCCAACACCAGAUCCGGCUCAGCCUUCACCCAACCUCAGACCCAGCUCAGUCUUCACCCAACACCAGACCUAUCUCAGCCCUCACCAAACCUCAUACCCAGCUCAGUCUUCACCCAACCCCAACAUCAGACCCAGCUCAGUUUUCACCCAACCCCAACAUCAGACCCAGCUUAGUUUUCACCCAACCUCAACACCCAACAGACAUAUAAGGUCAAUGAUGUCACAAGCAUUCUGUCUCUCUUCUCAAGAACACCAACAACAACAACACAAACAAGAACACCAACACCACCAAAAAAAAAAAACGAACACCAACAAAAUUACCAACAACAGCAAGAACACCACAAACAAGAACACCACCAACGACAACAAAAACAAGAACACCAACAACAAGAACGCCAACAACAACAACACAAACAAGAACACCAACACCACCAACAAAAAAACUAACACCAACAAGAUUACCAACAACAGCAAGAACACCACAAACAACAAGAACACCAUAAACAAAAACACCAACGACAACACAAACAAGAACACCAACACCACCAACAAAAAAACUAACACCAACAAGAUUACCGACAACAGCAAGAACACCACAAACAAGAACACCACCAACAACAAGAACACCAACGACAACACAAACAAGAACACCAACAACAAGAACGCCAACAACAAAAACAACAACACAAACAAGAACAACACGAACGACAACACAAACAAGAACACCAACAACAAGAACGCCAACAACAACAACACAAACAAGAACACCAACAACAACAAAACUAACACCAACAAAAUUACCAACAACAGCAAGAACACCACAAACAAGAACACCAACGACAACACAAACAAGAACACCAACAACAAGAACGCCAACAACAACAACAACACAAACAAGAACACCAACACCACCAACAAAAAAACUAACACCAACAAGAUUACCAACAACAGCAAGAUCACCACAAACAAGAACACCACCAACAACAAGAACACCAACGACAACACAAACAAGAACACCAACAACAAGAACGCCAACAACAACAACAACACAAACAAGAACACCAACACCACCAACAAAAAAACUAACACCAACAAGAUUACCAACAACAGCAAGAUCACCACAAACAAGAACACCACCAACAACAAGAACACCAACGACAACACAAACAAGAACACCAACAACAAGAACGCCAACAACAACACCAACAACAAAACUAACACCAACAAGAUUACCAAUAACAGCAAGAACACCACAAACAAGAACACCACCAACAACAAGAACACCAACGACAACACAAACAAGAACGCCAACAACAACAAAAACAAGAACACCAACAUCACCAACAACAAGAACACCAACAACAAACACAAACAAGAACACCAACAACAAGAACGCCAACAACACCACAAAGAAGAACACCAACAACACAAACAAGAACACCAAACAACAACACAAACACCAAAAAACACCAACAACAAUACUAACGAGAACUACACAAACAACAUCAACAAUAAGAACACAAACAAGAACACCAACAAUAACACAAACAAGAACACCAACACCACAAAAAAAGAACAAGAACAUCACCAACAACACAAACAAGAACACCACCAACAACAAGAACAACAACACAACACAAACCAGAACACCAACAAGACAAACAAGAACACCAAGAACACCACAAACAAGUACACCACCAACAACAAGACAAACAACAACACCAACAACAAUACAAACACGAACAACAACAAAAGCAACACAAACCAGAACACCAACAGUAACAAGAAAAACAAAAAUACAAACAAGAACACCACAAACAACACCAACAACAAGAACACAGAUAAGAACAUCAAAACCAGCUAG